AUGAAAAUGAACAGAUGCUUGCCUUGGUUAUGUCGUAAUAAACUAUGGACAAUUUAAUUAUGUAUACAUUCAGACAUAAAAUUAGUUAUUUUAACAAAAAGUAGAAUAGUUAAGAAACUUAUCUAUCUUUAUCUGUACUAUGGCUCCUUUAAUGUACAAUGCUGUAUUACUUUUAGGUCUCCUUCAACUGGUGAGAGGUUCACGUGUAUUGGAGUUAAGUGACAGGUUUCUGGAUGUUAAAAAAGAUGGACAGUGGCUAAUAAUGUUCUACGCCCCGUGGUGUGGCCACUGCAAGCGACUAGAGCCUGUGUGGGGGCAUGUGGCUCAGUCUCUGUACAACACCAACAUACGUGUCGGCCGAGUGGACUGUACCAGGUUCACCAGCAUGGCUACCAAGUUCGGAGUCACUGGGUUCCCCACAAUCAUGUUCCUGAAAGGAGACGAGGCAACUCACACGUACCACGGAGACCGGACCAAGGAGGAGAUUAUCAACUUUGCCAUGAGAGUGAGUGGUCCUCCAGUACAGCCAAUCACAAGGUCCGAGAGUCUUGACCAUCUCAAGGCUAACAACCCAUUGUUCUUUGUCUACGUGGGAGAGUACGAGGGGCCAUUGUGGGAAACUUACUACCAAGUGGCAGAAAUGUUUCAACCUCAUGGAUUUUUUUACUCUGUUUCACAAGACAUUGCAAGGAAACAUGUACGGCUGAAAGAACCACCAGAGAUUUUUGUGCACAAGGAGAAAACCCAUUAUUUCUUUGAAGAAGGAGAGAUGAGUGUUGGAGGGCUCAAUGCCAGCCUUUCAGAGUGGGUUAACAAUGAGAGGUUCAGCACCUUUGUCAAAGUUACCCGGACCAACAUUGACCAGCUGAUGAGGACCAACAAGUUCCUGGUACUAGCUGUUGUUCAGGAGAAUAAACUGCAAGAAGUACCUGAGGAGAUGAUAGAGUUUAGAGAUAUGAUUGAGUCAGUAAUCAUGAACAAUAGGGAUAGGUAUCACAAGUGGUUCCAGUUUGGGUGGGUUGGUAGCCCUGAGCUGGCCAACUCCAUCGCCAUGACAGAGUUACCGCUACCGUACCUGCUGGUGGUCAACUCCACGACGGAGCAUCACCACAUGCCAGAUGACGAGCCACAUCGGCUCACUCCGGCCGCAAUACAUCUGUUCCUUCAGGCUGUACUUAACCAGUCAGCUCCGACGUAUGGAGGGAACACACUGCCAGUGCGGUUGUACAGGCGUUACUUCGAGGCUCGCUCCUCGCUAUCUGAAAUGUGGCGAGGUAAUCCGGUGUUGACGGCCGUACUGUUUGGCCUACCUCUCGGCUUCCUCAGCCUUAUAUGCUACUCCAUCUGUUGCGCCGACAUCAUGGAUGCAGACGACGAGGAAGAAGAAGGCGCAGGUUCUGAAGAAACCUUUUUCAUUGAGGAAGCCACUAAUGAUUCAAAAACGCAGAGCAAAUCUAAUGAAAUGCAUGAGAAGAAAGAGUAAAAACGGAGACACCAUUCAAGUGCAACACCUCGCUUCUUUCAUUCCGCAUUUAAAUUAUUAUCUAACCAUUUGUUGUGAUCAUUAGGCAAGGCAAGUAUGAAUAUGUGGCAUUUAGACUAGUGUUUUUAACUGUUUUACAACUAUUUUGUUCUUCAAUUUAAUUUAAGUUCAUUGUAUACAUGAUUUUAAGAUUUUAAUUUAAUUUAAGUAAAUGAACAUUAACUCCCUUUUUUGUUUGAUACUUUGAUUAUUUAUUUGCUAAAAGCAACUCAAGAUCCGUACAUAUAAAAACAUCAAUUAUGAUAUUUAUAUGUAUAGGCCUACUGCAAUUAGGUAAUGCAUGUUUCUCUAUAUUAAGGCAUUUCAAGAGAACAAUAUAUCUACACUUUUUAACCUGUUUAAAAAUAUUAACAUUAUUGUUCUUGUGAGUUUAAGGGACUCAAAUAAUACAAAAUGACACGACUUGGCCCCAAUGGAAGAUAUGAAUCAACAAAAGCCACAAACUUUAGCAGGAAUGAGUAAUUUUACAUAUGUUAAAAACCUAAUUUUUUCUGUAAGCUUUGAACUAUUUGUAUUGUGAUCACAUUUACAUAACAGUGGUAACAAAGACAUUAAAAGCAAUAAGAAAUGGUCAUUAACGAAUGCCCAAUGACAAAUAAAUGGCAACUAAGUCCUGAAUCGAUCUUUCUAAACACCACCUUCAUUGUUGAGUUUUAAUUUGUAGUAUUAUUGUAACAUGUCAACAAUUUAUCUUGUACUUAAGUUUUAAAUUGAAUACCUAUUUGAUUGUUUACCAUACUAUUAGGUUGUAAUAGUAGAACCUCUCUUAACUGUAGUUCAAAAUAGUUUUGCUGUUUUAUAGAAGGUAGCUUAAGUUAACUAAGCUACAUUAACACGCUGUGUGCGGCCGUUCCCAAUCGGGUACGGUACUUGGCCCCCGUAAGAUGCGGGGUAAUUGAAAGUUAAAGUUGCUUGACCGGGAAUGCUCGGCAAUGCUUUUCGUAUAUCUUUGUUUUUGCUCUAGCGUCGGUUGAAGGCAAAUCUAUACCACGUUAGCGUGUAGUGUGUGACUUGCUUUUUGUUGUGGUGUAGGUUGGCAGUAAAUUUCCCCGUAAAAUCCCCAUCUGGCAAGCUUAAAAAUCAAUUGUUUGUCCCGUCUUUCUCCCUCCAAUUGGGAAUACAAUGGGACCGGCUAUGUUCCAAGCAGUGAUGCUAUCUGUGGGUGUUUUAGCGAACUACGUUGACUCUCUUCGUAAAGUAGGACAUCACCGUACGUUAUUUGCUAUUCCUCAGACCAAAAUUUGAAAGCCAAUCACCUGGCAAUCCGGUUUGUUCGACGCUGCGGGCUGCGGCGCAAUGGGGCUACACCUGCCAUCUGAUGGACCGCAGCGAACGUGUUAAGUCAUUUCUAAAAUCACUGCUGUACAUUAUUUUCCUCAUUAUAGAAUGAAUAGACUCCGGAUUGCGAAGAAUAACUAAUAAUAGUGGUUUAAAUACCUGAUUCUGGCAAUCCAAUUGUUGUAUUCCACAACUAGUUUCGACCUCCUAUCAUCAAGGAUGAUUACUUCACAUGAAGGUCGUCAGGAUUAAAAAUUUUUGACACAUACACAAACUCAAACACAUAGCGCAUACACACAUACAGCCGAUAAAAUAAAAUUGUAAACACGAGCGAACCGGUGUCGGUAAUGCUAAUGCGGAAGUUUGGUCUAGACAUUUCUCGUCUAGAGGUCUAAAGAUGAUGACCUCUUAGCAGGUCGAAACUAAUUGUGGAAUACAACAAUUGGAUUCAGGUAUUUAAAUCACUAUUGUUAGUGUAUAUUAUGGCUAAAGUGACACAUUUUGCCCUAAAAUUUAACUGGAUCAAUAUGUACUAACUUCACUAAAUUACUUAUAGGUUAUAGUGUUUUUUUCCAGCUAAGAGAGGGAUCUACUGAGUUUAAUUUAUUGUGACUGUGCAUUAAUGUGUCUUAUUUUUAAGAGCAUGUUUUAGUUUUAAAAUAUAGAUUUUGUGUAACAACUGUACAUUCAUACGACAAUAUAAAAGUACAACCUGUAAAUAAUUUUGAGCUUAACUACUUAGAACAAAUACUUGUUAUACAAUGUAUAGAAUUGUAACUCCCACUUGUAUGUGUAGUUUGGUACUGUUAUUAAACUUAUAAUCUUUACAU